AUGGCAGGAAGCAUGCGAGCAGUAAAUAACAUUCAAGAGUGGCGCAAUACUCUAGAGGAGUUGCAAAAUUCAACUGAAGGACAAGCUGUGAUAGAAACAGAUAUAUUUCCAGUUUUGAAGCUUAGUUAUGACUGUUUGAAAGAUCCAAAGCUGAGGCAAUGUUUCGCAUUGUAUCCUAAAUAUGGUGAAAUAACACGAGAUGAGCUGAUUGUGCUUUUCCGUUCCGAAGGCCUUUUGGAUACAAUACAAAAUUGGCAAAAGCAGUUUGAUAAGGGACACAGCAUGCUGAAUAAACUCGAGAAUGUGUGCUUAUUGGAGAGAUAUGAUAGUAAAUGCGUGAAGAUGCACAAUUUCAUCAGAGAUAUGGCAAUUCGAAUCACCAAUGUAAUGCCACGAUUCAUGAUAGCAGCCGAGAUUCAACCUGGAACAUUACCAAUGUGCCCAUGCCUCACAACCUUAUUGCUCCAGGAAAACCCGUUUACCAAACUCCCGGAUUCUUUCUUUCUACAUAUGAAGUCCAUGAAGGUGCUUAACUUAUCCAGAACCAGCAUCAAGAAGCUGCCGAACUCAAUUUCAGAACUCGAGAACCUGAGGACUCUUCUACUUGAAUUCUGCAGGCGUCUGCAUUUUGUGCCUUCACUAAAGAAGCUUACCAAAUUAAGGGAGUUAGACUUCAGCUUUUGCUGGGCAAUGAAAGAUGUACCCCAUGGGAUAGAGCAGCUAUUUGACCUUAGAUUUCUUGAUUUAGAAGGGAGCAAGGACUUGUGUCAGUUACUCAGUAGUUCGUUAUCUGCAUUCUCUCAUAUCCAAUGCCUUAUACUUGAUCCAGAUGUGCAGAGUAUCUCAGGUGAUGAUAUUAUACAACUGGGUUAUUUGGAGAGACUAGAAGGAUGUAGGCUAGACUACUAUGAGUUUGUCAUUGGAGAAGGUGAAUACAAAAGAGUCGACUAUUGCACAAGUGAAGAACGAAUAGUGAUACUAUGCAGCGGUAGUGAUAGAAAAGGGGAUGUUUUUGUUCUUCCUGAAAAUAUUCAAAAUUUACAGAUUCAUAACUCAGAGCUGGAUGCAAAAAGCUUGAUCGAUGCCCUUCCAUCAUUAACUUGUUUAACAGAAUUGAGGAAGAUUUUGAUUAGGCGUUGCAGAGUGAUACAAGUCACAUGGUCACCAAAAUCAUACUCUGACGAUGCUGCUUCUGUAGUACUGCUUCAACACAUUAACGAGUUAUUUCUGACUGAUCUGCAGGAUUUCACGAGUCUAGUAAAGGAAGGAGUUGCUCUUCAACGAGGUGCCUUUUCCAAUCUUAAGAUACUGGUGAUCAAAUAUUGUCCCAAAAUCAAGAAGUUAUUCACACCAAACUUGUUACAUGGCAACCUUGAUAACCUCCAAGAGCUCGAAGUUGAAGGAUGCGAAGAAUUAGGAUUAUUGAAGAUAAUGAUGAUAAUGUCAAAAAAGAAAGUGAUUGGUUUCCUAACUUGA